CCACCCUUACCUUCCAUAGUCCAUAAAAGCUCAACAUAGUACACUCAACUCCACUUUCUGUCUCUCUUUCUCCCCUUUUAAUCCCUAAUUUCUGCACUAACCCAUACAAAUUGAAUGCACUAAAGCUUUCGUUUUUUUAACUUUCCAGUCACCGGAGUUCAGCGUUUCUUGAAUUGACGUUACCUUGAUGGGCUGCUCCACCUCUAGACUUGACCAUCUUCCGGCGGUGUCCCUGUGUCAUGAUCGCUGCAAGUAUCUCGAGGAAGCUCUCUACCAAAGCUAUGCCCUUGCGGAUGCUCACGUGGCCUACAUGCACUCCCUCAAAGCUCUUGGCUCUACUCUCCGCCGUUUCUUUGAACAAAACGUUGAUAGUAAUCGUUCUCAUUCUCCGUCCAGUGGUGAUUCUGCUGCCAUAAGACCUAAUCCAUGCAAGUCUUCUCCGUCACCUGAUCACUGUCUCUCGAGUUCAAACUCAGACUCGCAUCUCGAUUUCCCGUCUGACUCGGAGGACGAAGAAUCAGGGGAUACGGAUUUUGAUCUUCUUCACCAAAUCCACCCCAAUUAUUUUGACCGGCAAACUCCGACUCCAUCCAGAUCAACUUCGUAUUCUUAUCGCGAACAUAGUAAGUACGAUUACUACACGAACAAUGGUGGACUGUUUCGUUCGCCGACUCCGUAUGGUGCAUCCUCUCCUGACCGUGGUUCUGCCUGGAAAACACCGUCACCUCCUCCCCCUCCAAGUGGCUCCACUUGGGAGUUCUUAAAUUUCUUCGAUACAUAUGAGAGAUAUGAAUUACAGGCCAAGGAUAAGGAAGGGAUUCAAGAGCUUAAAGACGAAUUUGAAAGUAAAAUUCAUGGAGAAAGUAAACUUGGUGAAGAUUCUAAGAAGUUGGCGGGAGAAGAGAAACAGAUUAAAGCGAAAUUGACGGUAGAGAGCGGUGAUGUGACGAAGCAUGAAGUUCAUGUUGCAGAAUCUAAGGUUAUUCUGGACAAAGAGAAGAACAAAGAGAAUAAAAAUUCGGAAGAGUCUAAAAAUCGGAAUACCUCCGAGGUUAUUAAAGAAUUGGAGGAUCUUUUUGAGAAGGCUGCAGAAUCGGGAAAUGAAAUAUUAAAGAUUCUUGAUACAGGAAAGUUCCGUUAUUUUGAUAAGAAUUCUAUCUAUCAAGGAGUUUAUUCCAAGAAGUUAUCUUUCAUAGUGAUACCCUCUAAAGUUACAGAGAAGAUUGGUUCUGUUGGUGUGAGCUUUGAUGAAGAUUUGGCUGUGACUUCAGUGAAUUUGUCUUCCAUUAUCAAGAAGCUAUGCAUGUGGGAGAGGAAACUAUAUGAUGAAGUCAAGGCUGAGGAAAAAUUGCGUAUUAUGCUUGCGAGGAUCUAUAGGCAGAUGAAAAAUAUGGGCGAGAAAGCUGCAGAAGCCAAUAAACUUGAUUCUGCUCGAACUGUAGUCAGGACAUUAUCUACUAAAAUCAAAGUUUCAAUUCAAGUUAUUGACAGGACAUCAAUUACUAUCAGUAAGCUAAGGGAUGAAGAGUUGUGGUCACUGAUCAACGAACUUAUUCAAAAGUUACUUGGAAUGUGGAAAGGGAUGUUAGAAUGUCACAGAUCCCAAUCACAAGCAGUUGAGGAAGCCAGAAGUUUAGAUGCCAUUAUGUCUAAUGGGAAGUUUAGUGAAACUCAUCUAGAAGCAGCAAUGCAACUCAAGGUUGAGCUUCAGAACUGGAAUCUGGGUUUUUCCAAUUGGAUCGCUGCACAGAGAGGCUACGUCAAUGCUGUAAAUGGUUGGCUUCUGAAAUUUCUUCCAAAUGAACCUGAAGAAAUGCAAGACGGAACACCACCAGUCUCUCCUGGUAGGGCAGGGACACCCCCUUUGUUUGCUUUCUGUAAUAAGUGGUCACAUGCCAUUGGUAUAGUCUCAGAGAUGGAAGUGACUAAUGCUAUGCAUGGAUUUUUCAUGAAUGUAAAUCAACUAGUGGAAAGGAACUAUACACAGCUGCAGCAAAGGCUGACUGCGGAUAAGGAAUUGGAGAAAAGAAUGAAGAUCUUGGAGAGAGAAGAGAAAAGGAUGCAAAAGGUAUUACAAGCUCGAGGGAAGAAGAUGUGCGCAGUCACAGGAAGGGCUGUGCAUCAGAGUGAAAUGACCAACAAUAAUAGUCUUCAAUUUGGUCUUAGACAGAUUUUCAUGGCAAUAGAGAAAUUCUCUGCCAAAAGUGUGCAAUUUUAUGAGGAACUUCAUGUUCAUGUUGAAGAAAGCAGCCUUACUUGAGAGAAUCCAGAAGGUCCUUUUGUUAAUCUUACAUUGAGUUUAUUCGCAUUUUCCUGUUAACUUUAACUUGUCAAAAUUCGAGGCAAUUCUUCAGCUGGUGUAAGUAUCAAUCUAUUUUUCUGUUACAAUGGCUCUUGGUAAAGUUGAAGAAGCUGAUCUUUUCAUUGAUUCACCCAUCUUCUGUCAGUUUGACAUUUUGUCUGACACUAUGAAGCAGAGCAUCCUGGUAAUAAUGGGCUGUUUUUGAGUUGCCAUUUGCUAAGGUUAUUGUAAAAAAAGAAAAUUUCUAAUUGAGCAAAAGCACAGAGCCAUAAGGGUAUACUUCCUUUGACAAUUUGAUGAUGAAUUUGCAGUCUUAUUGUCAUGAGCUACUGCUUAAUUUCUCAGGUCAGAACAGAAUUCUCAACGGAAAUUUUCAGCUUUCUCAUUGGAUUAUUUUAGUGAUUCCAGUCAGUACAUGUGUAGUGAAGGAAUCAAAACUGUUCUUUUUUUUUUUUCCUUCUUCUUUUUACAAAUAUAGAAGAUUCUUAAAUCCUAUGCUUGUAGAAAAGUGUUUCUGAUUCCAAAUUGCAUGUGAAGUAGGUCUAUAUUUUGCAUAAGCUUUGUUAAGCGUAGCAGUAAAAGACAUUUUCAAGCUCAAAUGGGGAAAUAGAUUUCUUCUGCUUUGA